GAGGAGGAGGAGGAGGAGGAGGAGGAGGAGGAGGAGAAGAAGAAGAAGAAGAAGAAGAAGAAGAAGAAGAAGAAGAAUCCCUCCUUCAAUCUCCUCAAUUCAGCAGAAGCUGAAGGAUAUCCUAUGUGCAAACAGCUAUACACACAGGCUUUCCCAUGUAAUCCAUACACUGCAGAAUAUG